CCCAAGGGACAACUGCUUGAGGUCGGUCACAUACGACCUUUUUAUGAGUAGUUUUUGUGUUAGCUCCGUACUUGUUGAGACCUUACCGCCGGAGACGGACAUCCGUGGGAUAAGGCGAGGUGUGCUUUUGAAGGGGUCGACUUUUUCUAACCCCAUUCCUCCUCAUGGGAAGGCAGCAUCACUGUUAUGCUGGUUGUCUGAAGGAAACACCUUACUGCUGCUCUUCAACCAACCUGUCUGGCAUGGUAGGACCUUGAGGAACGGUUGUUUCAGCCAGUAUAGCUCGAUUGGUUCAUCACGAUAGGCAAGCCCGACCACCACGUCAAGGUAGCAACAGCUGUCGGGUUACGAAAGUGCACAUUUCAGCGUAAUGAAAACAAACGUCACAGGUAAUUACUUGAUGGCAUAUCUUGAAAAAAGUCACGGUAACAUAUGAACCCACCAUUUCCUCUCUAAAUUUUGAAUGUUUCGUGACUCAUUCCGUCCUGCGUCAAACCAGUAUUUUCCAUAUCUACUUAAAUGUCCUGACAUUUUUACAAAUUUGAUUUUACCAUACUUUUACGUUUUGUGGUAACUUGGUCCUAGUCUCUUCGAUUAAUAGUUAUUUAAUAAUAUUUUUGUCUUAUAUCACUUAAGGUUCCCAGUUACUAGUUUUUGUUACUGUUUCAUUAACCAUUCGGAAGCUUUGAUGUCAUGCUGUAGUUAUAAGAGAUAGUCAUUGGAUUUAUUGUUGAGUGCCAUUACUUUUUGUUUUACUUUGUUUAACUACUUUCAUAUACAAAACAAAGUGGUUUGAUGAAUGGUUGAGGUUCUAACGAUAACCACGGUCAGUGGAUAGCGACGGUGGGUGACAUGGUUUAGUCACUCACAAUGACGCGGUUAUAUUCACUCUUUAUCUUCCUUUAUAACUUGAGGUCUAAUAUUCUUUUAUGCAUACCUUUUCAUUCUGUCUUCUCAGACCAUAUUUUCUCUGUACUUGAUCUUCCUCGUUAUCAUUGAUACUACGAUUAUUUCGAUUUCUUUAAUAUUCAUUUUGUUAAUUUCAUCUUGUUGUGCUGAUGUGGUAUGGAAGCCUGAGCUGAUGCACGUUCGUUGUAGGCUCUGUGUUAAUUGUGAUUGACUUGUUAGUUGGCAUCUAUUUUAGAUAUAUUGUUUUUAUAACAUUGGUUAGAUAGUACUCUUGAUUUACUAUUUGGUUUCAGGUAGAAACUCUGUUCUUUUUACUAAAAUUAAGACAGUUGGGUAGUAGGACUUAUAACCUAAACAAGAGCUUUGAUAUUGCCUACUAGAUUACACCAUUUUUAUUUUUGUCAUUUGCUUAUUUCCAGUCAGUCAGACGUAUCGUAGAAGCUGACGCAUGUGUAUAUCGGUUUAAGUUCCCAUAGCUGCUUAACACCGUGAGAUCAAAUUGUCAAAGCAACCCUCAGAGUAGUAGAGGUAGUAAUAGAAAAGAUUAUGUACUGAAGAUACAACUCAAGAAAAUGUAAAUUAGUAAAACAAUAAAAAAUUUAUGAGCAAUCUAGAAACUUAUGAUCUAAGGGUAGACAAAGAGUGAAUGGACCUGGGUCAUUGCGAACGAUUUUGAGUUAUGUCACCCAAAGUCUUUAACUAUUAUUUGUGAUAAUCAUUUUAACUAAAACCAGGUAGUUUAUACCUGUUAAAGUGGGCCAGUCCAAUUGUCAAUGACUUCAUGGACUGGUGCCGUAUCUUGGUUUUGCUGCUUCUGACAUUCUUUCAGUCCAUUUUCACUCGUUCCACCAUUGGUCGUCGGGUGAGAUGUGUUUGAGCAUACAAAAUUUAUGUUUCUACCAUCACAGUCGAUAAAUAUUUACUACCAUGGUUGUCGAUUCGCCAUACAUACUUUGUACUCUGUGUUUAACGUCAGAAUUGCCAACUUGAUGGUCCAUAAAUAUACGGAAAAUAUUUCAAACAUACGCAUAAUCAAGCACUGGUAAUUUAAGAAUAUGCUCUCUUUAAAGCUUCUUGCGUAUUUCCUAUUCUGUGAAGCUUGAAUUUAUCGGCAAAUUGUUUGCAGUCACAUUAAAGGUCGGUAACAUUUUGUCGUCAGCGUUCUUGUUGUGAGGUAGCUCUAGUCAUAGUUUUUAUCUUCUUUAUUUGUAGUUCCAAUGAUUCGUUUGGCGGAUAAAAUACGUCAAAGACAAAGUGGCGUCACUUCUACAGAACCAGAUGCUGUUCAAUCGGCUUCCGUUCGAAAUGCUACUAUCCGUGAUCGUCUUGUGUUACAGGAACUGCAAGAGUUAAGGGCUAAUAUAUCCUCCCAAUGUUCAAUUCAUCAUCCCGAUCCAAACAAACUCCAUGAAUUCACAUUAAUAGUAAGACCAAAUGAAGGAAUUUGGGCUGAUGGAAGUUAUCAUUUCAAUAUUGUUGUUCCCGAAGGUUACAAUCACACUCCACCACUAGUCAAUUGUACUACACAAAUUUGGCAUCCGAAUAUCGAUGAAGCUGGACGUGUUUGUUUGAGUUUACUUCGUCAGAGUUCACUAGAUUUCUCUGGUUGGGCACCAACAAGACGUUUGCUUGAUGUUGUUUGGGGAAUCGAAUCUCUUUUUUCAGAUUUAUGCGAUUUCAACGAUGCACUGAAUACAACAGCUGCUGAACAAUACUUACGUGAUCCUGAGGCAUUUCAUGAUACUGCACGGAGUUAUGUCUUUCGUUUCGCACGAUAA